UGCUGAAUGGGGUCUUUCCUCUACUCCUCUCCUGCAGGGGUCAUGCCCAGACUCUCUCAGUAAUAAAUCUGCCCUCCAGUAUCUAAAACUACAGUUUUUACACCGAGUGUGGUUCGGAGUCAUGAUGGGCGGCAGGACGAGCGCUAUCGCUGCCGGAGUCGGCGCGGCGCUGUUCGUCGGUUACUGUAUUUACUUCGACAGGAAGAGACGGAGCGACCCGAACUUCAAGCGCAAGCUGAGAGAGCGAAGGAAGAAGCAGAAGGCAGCACAAGAAAGAGCUGGACUAUCAAAGCUGCCAGAUCUAAAGGACGCCGAGGCUGUUCAGAAAUUCUUCCUCGAGGAGAUUCAGCUGGGAGAAGAACUGUUGGCACAGGGAGACUAUGAAAAAGGAGUAGACCACCUGACCAAUGCCAUCGCGGUGUGUGGUCAGCCUCAGCAGCUCCUACAAGUGCUGCAGCAGACUCUGCCUCCACCGGUCUUCCAGAUGCUCCUCACCAAACUGCCCACUAUCAGUCAGCGCAUCGUCAGUGCACAGAGCGUGAGUGAUGACGAUGUUGAGUAAGAAGAGGCCGUGUUAUUUAUGUGAUGCUCCUCCGUGGAACCUUCUCACAGCUGUUUUACUCCUCCACCAUCAAAUCACUCUCCUGUUUCUUCCCAGUUUAUACAAUGGCCACCCAGAAUUUUUCUGAUAAACACUAAUUUGUCUGUAAAGGCUACAUAAGCCUGUAAAUUGUUAACAUCUGUGAAAAAUAUUGGUGUCUUUUAAUGUCUGGCGACCUUUGUUAACCUCUAGCUGUCAGGUAACUAACACAGUGAUUAGUGUUUUCAAAUGUGUAAAUGAAUGAGAGGCAUAACCUUCAGUCAUAUUUCCAGUUUUCCUUAUGACAGAAUAUAAUAUUUGUGCUAAAAAUCAGCAAAUAUGCAACAAGCAAAUGCUGCACAUUGUUCACAAUUCUUCCUUGGCCAUAGACAAAAUGUUUACAUUGUCGGAUCCAGCGGUUUUCAGUUCCAUGCCUGGGGGUUACAAGCAGUGGACAUUCUAGACAUUUUCCCCUCUCUAACACCUCUGACUAAGCUUGUGAAGGGGUUUAGUAGUUGCCUGAGGAGUUUAAUCAGACGUAUUGAGUAGAACACAAUGUGAACAGGACUGGGAUUGAGACUCACUGGGCUAAUCAGUUAUUCAUCAUUGAGUUUCAUUUAGUUGUAUGAAAGAACAGGUCAAGAAAGCAGGGGGUUAAACUACAGAGCUGAAUGUAUUAGUAAAGUGUUUAGUUUUGUACAAAGUCACAGUUGUAUGCAGAUGUUUGACUAAAUUACGUCUUGUUGACCUUCUAAGUUAACACAUCCUCUACAGAGAACAGACUUAAAUAUGGCUCUAUUUUGCAAAUGUAAAUGCCCACUUGCUCUUUAUUUGCGGAGUUUAAAAUAUUGGAGGAAAUAGAACAUAAAAUGUGCCAUAACUUUUGCACAGACCAUUAUUUAUGCUCCUCCAAGUAUGUUAAAAUGAGCAAAUUAACAGAUGUUGUGCAUUAAAGAGCUAAUUUUCACUUAGAAAAGCAACACAAAAUUAGACCAGGGUGACCAAACUUUUGCAUAUGACUGUACUAUAAAGUACAAACAUUAUGCACAGCUCUUGCAUUACUGCAGUACCAGUUUGUAACCCAUGCAUUCAACUUUGCAGUUGACCUCCUGGGUUCAUGGAGAAAGAACUUAACGUUUUAUUCAUCGUUAUUUUUUUAAACCAUGUAGAAUGUCUUAUGUAUUAUUUGUCUGCGGUACUUUUGAAGGUGCUUGAGUAUUGCUCUCGGUAAGCUGAUUUGUAAUGGAGAGUCUCCUUUUUUUAAACUCAAAAUAAAAGAUGGAUGAAGCUGUGA